UCCCAAGCAACCCUUUUGUUUAACCUUAAAUCAAAAUGUUACAGAAUUAGUUUAAUUUGUUUAUCUAACACACAUAACACACAAUUAACCUUUUUUGUUGUCAUGGAAGAAACUGAAGACACCGAAGAAAAUGUCGUGCAAGCCAGCUCGCGACGAUCCACACUGACCACACGCUCACCACGUGCCACACAGUAUCAGAAAACUAUUGUAAAAUAUGAAAUUCCCGUUAUAAGUACACAUUCAGAAGUGCAACUACGAAGACUAUGUAAGCGUCACGAGUGUGACGAGAAGUUUAUUGGUGACUUUGACAGCGGUGCAUACGACAAUGAAAAUGUGUAUAUGCGCAGAGAUAAAAAUCCAGAUGCACGCGAUAUCGAUGAUCAGAAUCCCAGCUAUACUAAAUUCAAAAAUCCCCUGGAAGCGGAAUGUUUUGCACGAUAUACGGAAACUGCAAGGAAGUAUAAUCGGCAAUUUAGAAGGGAGAUAAGGAAACUAAUUGACUAUCAGGGUUCCGCCCUCGAGGCAGCCUAUCUGGUGCGAGUGACAGCGUAUACCACUUUGUGGCCACCUUAUCACAAUGAAACGGAAAUAUUCAGUACAUGCCGAAAAUUCUAUCGUUUGACACCAAAAGAACAAAAGAGGCUCACACAAAUUACUGGCAUGCCGUAUUCGAAACACUAUUAGAUCAAAAUUAAAAUCAAAUAUAAUUCCAUAAAUAUGAAAGUAAGCUGCUUCACUGAUUA